AUGUUGUUGUCCGUCUUUGCCGUAGUCGGAGGGGUCGCUUAUUUUGCCAUGCUCCUUCCAUUGACAGGCGCGGAGGGGAACGUCCAUGACGUGGAACCCGGCACCCUUUGCCAUCCGUCGGCUUGGCUCCGGGGCAGGAAGCGCCGCGCACACUGCACGAAUUUCGGUCCGCUUCAGCCCAAUCCGGAGCACAUGAAGUGGACUGCGUAUGCUGACCUCUUUUCGCGGUUGGCCCUGGUGAUCAUUGCUACGGAAACCACCUACACGCCGUCGCGGAAUAUGUUUUUUUCGAUGACGGUGUGCGCCGCGACGGCGCUCGUCUUUGCCAUCAAGCCACCCUACCAAGACGCCACGAUGAGCGCAGCCGUCAUCACCACCAAGGUGAUUCAAACUUUGGCUUUUGGUUGCGGGAUGCUUGCUAUGCACGUUGACGAUGUCAGUUCCCUGACGGCGCCACUUCUCUUUUAUGCGCUGUCGUUCAUUGCGUGCGGCUCCCUCAUCAUGUACAGCGCGUGCUGUGCGCCGCGCAGCAAGUCGGAGGACGACGCCACCCCGACGAUCGCCGGGCUUCUGUGGGAUCGUGAGGCAUCGACCGACGCAGAGCAGCGCCAGCUGCUUCAAUGA